UAAGACCUUACAAACUAUAAAAAAAAACGAUGAAUUCCAAAAAGCUUUUAUAAAGUUCGGCGAAAAUAAGUUAAUAGAGGACAGCAGUGAACAGAAGAACAUUUUCAAUAGUAUUCAGAAAUAUAUAUGCAGUGUAUAUAAUGUUCGGAAUGCAAUUGAUGUCAAUUCUGCUCGAGUUCAGAUGUUUAUAGACUCAUACAAAGUUUCCGACAUUAAUGAGGCUUUCAAUCGAAAAAAAUUGAGAAACUUUGAUGCUAGCAGUUUACCACCUUGUGAAAAUGAGCUACUACAGCAUUUUUUACGAGCUAAUUAUAUUUGUACGAUUUGGAACAAUGCUCACUUAAGAAAACCUACUUCACAUAAACCUGAAAAUAAUGGCUGGGUACUGGAAAAUGAUCAAUACCAUUUUAAAUGGUUUGAAGGAGAUCAGCUACCUACUUAUGUCAGUGAUUCUCUACAAACUUUGUCAGAAGCUGAUGAAGACGAUGACAUUCAUGAGGACAAAUCCGCAGAAUGGAGUAGCGGUGAUGAAGAUAAUCGAGAUACCGACGAGGACGAUGAAGUUGAUUAAAUAUUUUUUUUGAUUUAAUAAUAAUGUUUGACACAUUAUAUUUUUACUUUGUAUUGUAAUGGCUAUAAUUAUAAAUAUAAUUGAAAUCUUUUUCGAUUGGUUCAAUUACGAUCUAAA